GGACAAGUCUGUAUAAAGAGUGAUGCCUCUGAGACUGAAAUUCGUUAAGGUCCCAACAACAAGUGACGCAAUGAAGCUACUUUCAAGAAUCCUAAUAAUGACCUGUUUGUCUGUGGCCUUAACAAUACAAGUUGACAGAAGCGACUCAAAAUCAAGAUUCAAUCAACAUCAGACAUGGAAUACAAAACAGUUCCCAGUGUGGAAAGAUGGAGACCCACGCUACAAAAACAGCUGGACAGGUGGACAACUGAAGUUUGAAGUGGGAAAUGAUGCACCCACCUUGACCGGUGCCAAAAUCACCUUCACCAUUGACAUUGUGUUCCCUCACAACCAGAAGGUCUUGCCAGAUGGACAAGUUGUUUGGGCAAAAAACUGCACAAUCAAUGGCACACAGUUCCAUGUGGGUGAGCCUGUCUAUCCUGAGGAGAACUCUGUAGAUGAAUGGAACGCUGUGUUCCCUGAUGUUCCUCUCUUUUCUAGACAAGGGGACAAGCAACCUCCCUAUGUGUUUGUAUGGAAAACAUGGGGUAAAUACUGGCAGGUGUGCGACGGGCCUUCCUCAUCACUGACAAUUGGCACUGAUGAUGUUCCUCUUGGCUCUUACAUGAUGGAUGUUGUCAUUUAUCACUACAGGCAAAAAGAUAAAUUCAUCCCUAUUGGAUAUGCAUCCACACAGUUCAGUAUCACCAACCAGAUUCCCUUUGCGGUUUCCCUGAUGCAGGUGAAUGACAAAGAUGAAGGCGAUCGUAAAUUCAUCCAGAACAGAGCAGUGGCCUUCAGCAUCACCCUUCAUGACCCCAGCCAAUACUUGAGCCAAUCAGAUGUGACUUUUAACUGGAACUUCGGGGAUGGCAGUGGCACUGUAAUCUCCAGGGAACUUACCGUCACACAUACUUACACUGCAGCUGGAGCUUUCAAGCCCCAAGUUGUCAUACAAGCAGCUAUUCCGGAUUCAUCUUGUGCCACUCCACCAAACCUUCCCACUGAGGCCCGUCCCACCACCAACACCCUCACCUCUGAGAGCCCCAUCCACCCUUCUGAACACAUCACUGCAGAUCUUGCUACCAGUCAGUCUUCAGCUCCCAUUCAGAAAUCCACGCCUGCAUCUACAAUGAAAACUAUUCCACCCACACCUACAAAUGGAGUUCAGACAGGAUCCAGCCUUGAGAAGGUCUUUGAUCUUAGAUCUGCAUCUGAGAUGUCUGAAGCUUUGAAUACUGCGACAAAGACAACACUGGAGGCAACUGCCUCUGACAUGGAGGUGAUGAUGGAGGAAGACUACACUGAAAGCCAGGCCUAUGUAUCAAUAAUAAAGCGUCAGGCUCCAAACACAAAUGACUGUAUGAUUUACCGCUAUGGAUCCUUCUCAACUGAUAUUGAGAUUAUUGAGGCCAUAGAGAGUGUGCAGAUCGUCCAGGUCACUGUAGCUGAUGAUUUUCUGCUAACACAGAUGGAGCAGAUUGCUGUUGAUUUCACUGUUUCCUGCCAAGGAAGGUCUGGCAAAACAUAUAGCUGGAACUACAAAAUACAGCCUGACGGAGAAUUCACAACCUUGCCUCUUUCCAGCCUUCCUACUGAAGUGUGCACUGAAAUAUCGGAUGCAGACUGCCAUGUGCCAGUAACGACCAUCUGCAAUGCUGUGAGCCCCUCCUCAGACUGUCAACUCAUCCUCCGACACUUCUUCAAUGACUCUGGGAUCUUCUGUGUCAAUGUAUCCAUGAUAAAUGAUGUCAGUCUGGCUGCCACAAAUGCCAGGGUUAAUAUUAACAUAGCAGGUUCCAGGUUGACAUAUGCAGGUGCCGCUGCCCUGUUGUUGGGCAUCAUGACUGUCGUAUCAGCAAUGGGUGCUGUGGUUUUUGCAUAUAAACGUCUUAAAGGGUAUCAAAGGCUGACUGAGGAUACUGCUACAUGCCAAUCCAAAGACACUAGUGUGAGCUCAAUGCCAGUGCCCUUCUGGAGCCUGAUGUAUCAGCAGGGAGUGGAUCAGAAAAAAGGAGUGGUGUGAAUUUUGUUCAAAAUUCAAAUUUAAAGUAAUGUUACAUCAGCACUAUUUUGAAUAGCGUAAAAGCAUUAAAAAAAAGUUUUUGUAUUCUUUUACACACAUAUUUGACCCCAAAUCCUUUUUCUACAAAGGCAUGUUUUACAUUACAUUAAAUUUAUUGCCUUAAAUUUGAAUUUAAAGAGAACAUUUUUGCCAACAAGCAUUUUUAAAGAAAU